GCCUAAGUUAUAUUUAAAGUUUCUUCUUUUUUCCUGAAUGGCUUGAGACCCAAGAUAUUCCUGACAAUCUAACCCCAUUUCCCAUAGCAAUCUUUGAGAGAACUUUUGUUAGCAACUUAGACUAAGAAAUUAACUCUCUCAACUUUGAAGCUUGGGUUGGUUUUCCUAAUUUUUUUUAUGAUCAACAAAGAUUACAAAAAAGGCCAACAAAACAAAUUAUGGGAUAAUCAUUCCAAAUGGGAAAAGCACCGAGGCACAGCUUUUGCUCCCACCUCAUCAUAUGUGUCAUCUUGCACCUUCGUCCCCCACACCCUUCCUCUAUCUAAUAGAACUGGAAUCUUCAGCUAGCCUUCACUUUUCACCGCCACUCCUUAACAAAUAAUACUAUUCUAUUCAUCCCAGAAGCCCUUCCUCAAGACCACCCCCAUAUAGGGAGAAAGACACACACAUGCGCGAGCGCACAGACUUCUCUUUCCCUUUGGCUAUAAAACAUCACCUUAGAUUUCCUAGUGGUUUGAUACCCUUACACCAAGAAAAGAAGGUGUUCUGUUGUCGAGGAAGGAGGAAAGAGAGAAAAAAAUGGCAGGAGAAGCAACCUCAAAGUCCUUACCACAUGACCCAACUCAGGAACCCAAUCCUCCCAUCGCAAAGAAGAGGAGAAACCUACCAGGAAAUCCAGAUCCUGAAGCAGAAGUCAUUGCCUUGUCUCCAAAGACCCUCUUGGCCACAAACCGGUUUGUGUGCGAGAUAUGUGGCAAAGGCUUCCAAAGAGAUCAAAAUCUCCAGCUCCACCGCCGGGGCCAUAACCUUCCAUGGAAGCUGAGGCAGAGAAGCACCAAAGAACGAAGGAAGAGGGUGUACGUGUGCCCGGAGAAGACCUGCAUCCACCACCAUCCAUCGAGGGCCCUCGGCGACCUCACCGGCGUAAAGAAGCACUUCUGCCGAAAGCACGGUGAGAAGAAGUGGAAGUGCGAGAAGUGCUCGAAGCGGUACGCAGUGCAGUCCGACUGGAAGGCCCACUCCAAGGUUUGUGGCACGAGGGAGUACCGUUGUGACUGUGGCACCCUCUUCUCUAGGAGGGACAGCUUCAUAACCCACAGGGCCUUCUGUGAUGCCUUAGCUGAAGAGGCCGCACGAGUUUCCGCGGCAUCAAACAUCGAUAGAUUGGCAUCGAUCAGUAAUGCCAAUUAUCAUUUCACUGGGGGUUUGAUGAGAUCUAACAUGGUGCAGCAUUUCCCUGCUAUAUGUAAGCCUGCAAUGGCUGAACGCCAAGCGGGCGAUCAUGCUCUGCCUGGACUUGCACUCUGGAUGGGCCAAAGACCUCAAAAUAAUCAGACCCUGAGCACUGAUGGUAGUCUCUCCGCUAUGCAUCAAAUCGGGCCAAUGAGCAUCUCAACUCUCUACAGUGAUCCCUUCGCUUCAUGCUCGAAUGCUCAGCAACUCGACGGCCAAUUAAGUUGGAUAUAUGGUAACAAGCUGGCCUCUUCAAGCUCUGUAGAGCUAACAAGCACCUCACUGCCUACUAGUUUGAAGGAAGCCGACCUUAUGAGUAUUCCUUCCCUGUAUAGCACUCAGCAUCAUCAGCAGUCCAUACCGGCAUCGGACAAGUCGGCAACUGCAUUGCUGCAAAAAGCUGCUCAAAUUGGUGCGACUUCCUGCGGUCCGUCCUUCUUUGGUAGCUUAGAGAUGAAGUGCCACAACACUCAAGUCCAGGAUGGUGGCAAUAAAUAUGAUGGUUUGCUCGAUCCAAACCAUCCGAGCAUAGCGGCUAACAUGGAAAAUAGCCUAGAGAACAUUGCCAGUGAUAUCACAGUGUCGAACCCAUACAGCGAUAUGCACUCUGCGAGGCAUCAGAUGGCUCAAAAAGAUGGUACAAGAGGAGGAGAAACUAGGGAUUUCUUGGGUGUUGGGGUCCAAACACUCUGCCCAUCAUCAGCUAAUGGAUGGAUUUGAGCAUAUUAGGGUUUACGACUCACGUACUUAUCCGUUGAAAGAAAGUUGAUGAGUGAAAGAAAAAGAAGUGGAAGUGGAGGUGUGGAGAGAUUAUAUUAUGAGCAAACUUUGCAGGGGAGAAAAGGUGGUAUGAGUGCUUGCAUGAUAAGAGCUGCAAGGAGACGUGCCUGCAGAGCCCAAUUUUAUUCACCACUAAGUUUGAUCAGCACUGGCAGGAGAUCCUUGCAUAUUCUUUUGGACCCUGAAAGGCACUCCUUUUAGGAUGCUACUUUAGUUUUCGGAGAAAAGAAGAAAAAAAAGGGGAAGGGGGUGGUGGUGGGGGGAGGGCAAAGAUUGCCCUCCUUUUUAGCUCUAUUAUUGCUUUGUUUCAUGGCUAUCUUGGGUGUCUGUUCAAGUUCAAUUCUAGUAUUUUCAAAGUGGUACAAAGCUUGUUCUUUGGUUCUAAUAAAAUCAUAGCCUUUAGUUC